GGAAUCGAGAUUCUUCGGUCGAGGCGGAUUCACAUUUGACCGUCCACUGUACAGUGUGUGUUGUUCAGUUUCAGUACUUCUCGUCAUCUGCUAGCGUUUGCAAGUGUUCCCUUUCCGUUGUUUGUUGUCUGCCUGUAUUGCAAAAAAGUGCUGAGCAGGAAGCCGGUAUUUCUAUCGAAUUACCUAACGAGGCUUAUUAGUUCCUUUGUGUUAAACAGCUCAAUCCAAAUAUCACCAUGCCAGUACCAGAGCUACAGAAGCCAGCGCCAAAGUUCGCAGGCACGGCCGUCGUUAACGGUGCCUUCAAGGAGAUCAAACUGGAGGACUUCGCCGGCAAGUAUCUGGUGAUUUUCUUCUACCCGCUGGACUUCACCUUCGUCUGCCCGACCGAAAUCAUCGCCUUCUCGGACCGUGUGGCCGAGUUCCGCAAACUGAACUGCGAGGUGAUCGGUGUGUCCACUGAUAGCCACUUCACCCAUUUGGCCUGGAUCAACACACCACGCAAGCAGGGCGGUCUGGGUGAGCUGCAAAUUCCGCUGCUGGCGGACAAGUCAAUGAAAAUCUCGCGCGAUUACGGCGUACUGCAGGAGGAGAGCGGCAUUCCAUUCCGUGGUCUGUUCAUCAUCGACGGCAAACAGAAUCUCCGCCAGGUGACGGUCAACGAUCUGCCGGUAGGUCGCAGCGUCGACGAAACGAUUCGCCUGGUGCAGGCCUUCCAGUAUACCGAUGAACAUGGCGAGGUCUGCCCGGCAAACUGGAAGCCCGGUUCCAAAACCAUGAUCGCCGAUCCGAACAAAUCCAAGGAGUACUUCAACGCAGCGAACUAAGUGCACACCCCAUCAUCGCUUUUAUCGUCAUAUCGUUCUAAAAACUAUGGCUUUCUGAUAAAUAAGAUACAUACGCUGACACUAAUAACUUUGCAAUUAGGUUUGAAUUAGCAUAUUAUUUAAAAACAACAGUAGCACCGUUAGAAACAGUAACAGAAGGCUCUCUACAAGAGGCAACCCAUAUAGCCAGGAGCUAGCAUUAUCGUCUUACUUGCAUCUCAUUGACGUUUCACUCCACCCGUGUCACUGUUCCUUUCGCUAUUAAAACUCUGGAGAGAAAACCAUGAGCAAUAAUAAAAAAGUAUUGUUACCCAAA